AUGGUCGAUCCUCUGGACCUCAUCAUCUGUUCCACUUGCGGAACCCAACACGACACCACCACUGCACCCUCCUCCUGCAAGAUCUGCGACGAUCCACGCCAAUACCUCCCUGCAACAGGUCAAUCCUGGACAACCUUGCGCACGCUCCAAGCCAGCAAAACCUACCACACCGACAUCCUCCCAGACCCAGCCCACCCCUCCGCCCUCUUCACCGUCCACACCUCCCCAAAGAUCGGCAUCGGCCAGCGCGCCUUCCUCUGCCGCACCCCGCACGGCAACAUCCUCUGGGACUGCCUCACCUACCUCGACGCCGCCACGGUCGCCCGCAUCAACGAGCUCGGCGGCCUCGCCGCCAUCGUCAUCUCGCACCCGCACUUCUUCGGCGCAAACGCCCUCUGGGCGGACACCUUCGCGUGCCCCGUGUACAUCGCCGCGGAGGACAGCGCGUGGGUGCUGCGCCCGAGCGAGAGACACGUUUUCUGGCGCGGGAGGGAGCUGGUCGUUCCGCUGUCUCGGCCCAACGAGGGCGCGGACCGCGAGGGUGGGCGAGAUCUAGUCGCCGUGAAGACGGGGGGCCAUUUCCCCGGCAGCGCGGUGCUGUGGUUCCGGUCGUUGCGGAAGUUGCUCGUGGCGGAUUCGAUUGGCGUGGUGCCGAGUGGUGUGUAUCAUAAGGAUCGGGUGCCGGGGACGGUGUCGUUUACGUUUAUGUGGUCGUAUCCGAAUAUGAUCCCCCUGCCGCCGGAUGAGGUUUACAAUAUUUGGAAGGCUGUCAAGCACACCGAGUUCGAUGAUGUGCAUGGGGCCUUUGUCGGCUGGGAUACCCAUGGGAACAGUAAGAAGCGAGUCUUGGAGAGUGCAAAGAUCUACGUACGGGCAAUGGGGUAUUUGGAUCAUGCUAUACAUCAGGAAGAGUGUCCAUGA